AUUUUUCCACGCACUCCGCAUCCGGGUUUUUCCAAGUUGUAAACACCCUAGGAGAUAAAAAUAGCCGACGACUUCGGCGUUAUUUGUUCAAUCAAGGACUUUGAUCAUAGUGUUCUAUUCUAGCAGCAGUCAUUUUAUAGUUUGGAGACAAGUUCAACCAAUACAGUACCCACUAUUGUGUAUUGCAUUUAGCUCCUAUGAUAAAUUACAAGUGAUCAAUGGCUCACCUGACAUGAUAAAUGUCAUCAGAGGGGUUAUCCAGUCAACAUGGAGACGUGGUAUCCAAGCUGAUGGGUCUAAGGGCAUAUAUCAUGAAUUCAAGCUAAGUGGGAACCCCUGGAUAGGGACUGGAGAUGAAUCAGUGAACGCCCGACUUUUGACUAAUAAUAUCCUUAUAGCCCUAGCUCAGCGCAUGAUGGUAUUGCACUGCAAUGCUAAUCUUAAAAGUACAGCAGACACUCUCUUCUUCAAGUAUGACCCCAAUGUAAUACCAGCACAAACUGCGAACCAUUUUGUGAUUAGUCUAAACAGGAAUGAUCGACUUAGGUUGAUCAAUGCCCCCCAGCCUAUCAUUGAGACAGUAAAGCAGAUCUUAUCACAGUACUGGAGCACAAGAGGGGGGAUUCAGAAAGAACGCCAGUACCAUGCAUCCUGGGAGUUCAAGCUCUCAGGAACUCCUUGGUGGGCAUGUGGUGACGAAGCAGUCAUGAGCCGCUUUGUUAUGUGUAAAAUUCUUGAAGGGCUUCAAUCACAAGGAUGGCAUGUCAGGGCAGCACUAGAUAUGUGUCGUCGUCAAAAUGAUAAGAGUGUCUUGGCUUUCUACCAGUCUCUUCCCAAGAUUGCGCCGGUAGUGUGCUUGAGCUUCAAUGACGAGUGCAAGAUACGAUUGAUCAAUGCACCACAAGAAUUUGUUGGACUCUGUAGAGACAUUAUCCAGGCAAGAUGGAUAAAGGGUAUUCGUGAUGAAAAAGCUCUCAACACUCCAUGUAUGGCAUACCAGUUCAAGUUGUUUGGCAAUCCUUGGAGUGGCUAUAGUAUUGUUGAUGGACUUCACAUACGCAGCAUGCUUUGUUUCAUUCUCCAAAUGCUUGCUUCUAGAGGAUGGAAGCUUCUUAUUUCUGCAGACAUAUCUGCCAAGUAUGUCCACCGUGACAAAGCUCCCGAUUACCCUUUAGAUGUGCACAGCUGGUGGUUCACAUAUGCAACUGAACCACAACAGCAACACAUAGCUGGAGGGUAUGGGUUCACCUCCUCUCAGUAUGGUUUUGCAUCACCAUCAGCUUCAGGCAUGGAGUUUGCUCGUCCCCCAAGUUACGAGCCAGCAACAGAAAGCAAUAAAUAGGUUACUGUCAAUCACUGGACAGUGCAAAUAAGUUAUGUAGAAUAUAUAUUUGGUUAAUCAUUAUUGAUUAGGUAAUCUUGAGCAAGAGUUCUCUGACCUCAGUCAUAAUCUCUUUGCUUGGAGGACAUCGUCUUGUUUUGAGGACAACGCUUUUGCUCUCCUUACCUCCACUCUUGCUACACCAUGGCACAUUCUUGACGCUUGUCUUGCCUGAACAAACCUAAAUCUGAUCCUGAUUUCAUGUAUACGACCCAGUACCUCGCUGCUCUCUUUUGAGAGAGGUUGAAGCCACGCUUGAUUCUCCUCUUCUUACCCCCGGUCGUUUAAAGUUCUUUUCUUUACAAGCAACUCGAGAGUGCUACUCGAUCGAUGAUUAGCUCAGCAUCUGGAACGCCGAAAAAUACAAAUUAGCCCUGGAGCUUCAAGUCUUAAAAUUGAAAGCUAGCAUGAUUCCAGCAAAAGUUUUUGCAGAGGGGACUGAUUCCCAAACUGCGACCACCUCAGCCAAACAGAGAAGGAAACAGAUCAUAGAUUGGCCGCAGGAGUCCUGCACAGUGCAGUUAAUCAGGAGUUUGAUAAGCUGGAGAUGUCCAACAACGUUGCAUUUUAUUUAGCAAUGUAUACUUACAUAAACUAGGAUGUACCUGCAUAAUCCAGGUCUUAGAGAUUAAAAAUGUCCAAUGUUAUUCACUUUUAUUAAAAAUAAAAUAGUUUAACAGGCAAAUCAACCUUUUUGUAGCUGGAAUGCUGAAUUGCAAAGGGCGCAUGCAGACAAAAUGUUGUUGAUUCAGAGCAAAAGAUACAAUUAGGUACGCUCGGCUGAACACGGAGCGAAGCAAACUAUUAUUAACCUGCGAGGUGGAAAGUCUGCAAGGCUGUCAUCGGCGCAUAGUAAUAUGUUAUAUAAAUAAAACAAAAAUAAGAGAUUACUUACCUUGCUUCGAAAACUGAUAGUUCUGAAUUUUAGACCACGAAAAAUUAUGAAAUCCGUAUCGAAUGCGCCGGUGACAGCCUCGCGCUAUAAGUUGUUUGCUUCGCUCCCGUGUUCAGCCGAGCGUACCUAAUUGUCCAACGGCGCCGGUCAAGGAUUCAAAUCGCUGCUUACUCGUUUUAAAAAAAUGGCUAGCGCCCAGGGAAGAUGAUUUAGCUCGGAUGUUUUGCCACAUACCGAAUGUUAGUGUACCCUGGCUUUAUUCUGCGAGAUAAAAAUAUUUCGUUUGUUGUAUUUUCCUGGCAAAUUCCGACGGUAUUUGAGUGCUACCGAAAAUGGCGCCUCCAACCUUGUUUCUUUCCUUAGUAGGGGGAAAGAAGUCAUAUAUUCCGUUACGAAAACCCCCUAAAAUCGUAUAUUACACACAAAUAUGACAACAACAAGGCAUGAUCUAAGUUGUAAGGCAAUUUUAUUGGCAAUGUUUUACAAAAAAUCGCGAGAUCAAUCCACUCGUUUAACCUCUAAGAAUAAAAUCCGAUACCAAGCUACGAACAAGCUUCGAAACCAUUGCCUGGGCUACCUGUGAUUUAAUUUGUCAAAAGUUGAAGAGGAAAAAUAUUUAAAGGGGACGAUAAAAGGGCCUGGUACUUGGGGUAAGUUAGUUGCUUAAUGCUGUUUUUUUUUUAGAACCUUAAGGACCACCACUAUCCCCUAGUGUUUUUAGGCCUGUAUAUUUUUCCAUCAUAAUUUCCCCCGUAGUUUUCAUUUGUUAGUCCAAAUUUCUAUUAGACAAAAAAAUAAUGUUUGGAAAAUAUCCUUGCAAUCGGGUACCCUGUGGACACAAUGCCAAGUAAAGAAUGGGUUGACAAGACCAAGAUGGCGGACGGACUCUCUCGAGUCGACCAUCACAAGUUUAUAAAUCCAUGUCCUCGUGUGUUGCCCAGCUGAUGUUUCGGAGGGUCUGCAAAUAAAAAAAGUCUAAUUUAGAGUCUAAAGCUACACAGCUACGCCCGCUUUGUUAUUUGCAGAGGAACGCUAGGCUGCUCACAAAUACGGAGAUUUGACAAGAUAUUUUAUUACUUAUUUUCUAAUGCAAGAAAGACAAGUUAGCCUUACUCUACGGAAGACCUCUAAAGCAAAAUUGACGCCGAUAAAACACAAUGGAUCAGCCAGAGAAAAGUGGCUGGGAUCGGGUCAAGGCUUUGGUUCAACUCGAUGACAAUAAUCAGCUUGCAGAAGAAGUGCAAGACAUCCCCACCAUCAUAUGUGUGGGCUCCAUCUUUGGGUUUCUCCUUGGUGGCCAGUACGGUGUGAGAAUUCGAGCUGAUUCAUUCCUUAGACAAAACAAGCUCACAGUAUAUAAGUCUGCCAUGCAUGCUCAGCGAUCAUUUCAAUCAGCCAAGACACUUGGGUUUGUGCGCUAUGGAUGCCGGUGGGGCUGGAGAGUGGGUUGGUUUUCUGGUUUGUACAGUUUUAUGCUGGCUGCUACAACAUCCUACCGCAAUAAAGAGGAUGCGCUGAAUUAUGUGGCAGCAGGAGCAUCCACAGGCGCUAUUCAUGAAUUGUUUGGCAUUUCAGCAUCCACAGGCGCUAUUCAUGAAUUGUUUGGCAUUUUAGCAUCCACAGGCGCUAUUUUUAAACUGUUUGGUGGAUGGAGAAGCAUGGUAGUAGCUUCUGGUUUAUGUGCUACAAUAAGUUUGCCGAUAGGUUUAUUAUCACAGUAUGGAAACACUUAUCUGAUACCUGAAGAGUAUAGACAAAAGUUACAGGAAAAGAAAGAGAAAGAGAGAGAGGAAUGGUUGGUAUUGGCUGAGGGAUAUUCCAAAAAUCAGAGAAAAAAGGAAGUGAGCGUGUGGGCCAACUUUGAAAAAAGAGAAGGAAGUUGCAAAAUGUAUUUUGUAAAUAUUGUGCCAAAAUACAAGAAUAAAAGCUGCAACUAUUAUAUUGUGCUGAGUGCUGUCUAUAUAUGGAUGGUCACUUGAAAAAAAGGGCGGGUGGGUUAACCGCUAUCCAGUUUUUUUCUAGGAUUGUUAAUUUUUUUUUUUUUAAUUUUACAAGAUCCGUACUACUGAUACUACCCUGUACUAAUUCAUCAAUGUAUUAUUUAGGAGACAGAAACUACAAAAAACAGAUGUUUUAAUCAAAGGCAUGGAGGAUGAUGUAAA